AUGAAGACUUCACCGUGGGCAAGGGCAGCACUGCUGGCAUCAAUAUCAACCAGAGCAGCAGCCGACUGUUCAACUGCCAGUAUCCAGGCCGUGCUUCCGUCUAUCGCUAGUGUGGACUUUGUCUAUUGGCAACCUGGAGGUUCGACUUUCUCGGUCCCUACUGGAGAUAUCGCGUACCCAACUUCUCCCACUAAUUUGACGGCUCAUUGCGCUGUUCAAAUUCGAGUCUCCAACGGAACUUCUCAAUAUGGCUUUGGCAUGUUCUUGCCUGACAAUUGGAACGGAAGAUUCUUGGCUGUAGGUAACGGCGGUUAUGCUGGCGGCAUCAACUGGUUGGAUAUGGGCGGUGGAUUGGGAUAUGGUUUUGCAGUUAUGUCGACCAAUACUGGACACAACAGCACCGCCUUCGAUGGAACAUGGGCAUACGGGUCACAGGAUAAGCUCAAGGACUGGGGUUACCGUGCCAUGCAUGGCUCUACUGUCCUGGGUAAGCAAUUGACCCAAGGCUACUAUGGAUACAAGCCAAAGUACAGUUACUACAAGGGCUGCUCGACUGGAGGACGCCAAGGUAUUCGUGACAUCCAGCUUUAUCCCGAAGACUUUGACGGCGUUGUUGCUGGAGCUCCUGCAUGGUUCCUGACUCAUAUGUCGCCUUUCGUGAUCAAGGCCGGCACUUACAACCUACCCAUCAACGGUUCCGCACACAUUCCUAACGACUUGUUCCCUGUCAUCAAUGCCGAAGUUCUUCGACAAUGUGACGGCGUUGAUGGUGUCAAAGACAACAUCCUUUCCGAUCCUCAAGCUUGCAACUUCAACAUGGAUGCUCUUCUUUGUACUCCAAAAUCCAACCAGUCUGAGUGCUUGACGGCGCCUCAGCUGACUACUUUGUUCAAGAUCUACUCAGACUACGUCGAGACCAAUGACACCUGGGUGUUCCCCCCCUACUGGAAAGGUAGUGAGCUUGGCUGGCCAUUGAUUUUCGGCGCCCCAGAGCCAGCAAGCUUGGGUACGGAUUAUGUGACCUCUUUCAUGCAGUACGGCCCCAACUGGAAGUGGCAAGAUUACGACUACAGUAUCGUCGAGAACGCCGAAAGGAUCAGACCCGGUAACGCAACAGCCGACGACUACAACCUCGAACCCUUCAAGCGACGCGGCGGCAAGUUGCUAAUGUACCAUGGCAUGGCUGAUCCAUUGAUUCCGACUGGUAGCAGCUUGUACUUGUACUCCCAGAUUUUGCGCGAGCUUGCACCCAGAGGCAUCGAAUUGGAUGACUUCUUCCGCUUUUUCCUGGUUCCUGGCAUGGGUCACUGCAGUGGAAACUUCCCUCCAGGUCUCGCACCUUGGUACUUCGCUGGUGGCAGCCAAGUUCUGAACCCUGGCGUCUACGGUGUGCCUGGUUUCAGAGACGCCGAACACGAUGUUCUUCUCGCCAUGAUGCAGUGGGUCGAGCAAGGAAUCGCUCCGAACCAAAUCAUUGCCACAGCUUGGCAUAACGACACCACGCAAGACACUGUUCUGAGACAGAGACCGCUUUGCAUGUAUCCCAAGCAGCAGAAAUAUUGUGGUGGGGAUGUGAACAAAGCAUCGAGCUGGUCGUGUGCUUGA